AUGUGCAUCUUUUGCGAGAAAGCCAAAGGCGAGUUGAGUGGAAAUUUGACAGCUGCGCAGAAACGCGAGAUCGAGUCUUGCGUCGAAUUGCAGGAGCGGCGCAUUCGUGCCACCAUCCUCACUGGUUUCUUGGGGGCGGGCAAGACCACCUUCCUGAACUUCGUGCUCAAGAGUCUUGGGCAUGGGAAGCGCAUCGCAGUGGUGCAGAAUGAGUUCGGCAAAGUUCCUGUCGAUGACCAGCUUAUGCUGUUGGAGCAGUCCGCCGCAGAAACCAUUGUCAUGCCGAAUGGUUGCCUUUGUUGCCGUGUUCGUGGGGACCUGGUGGAAGCGCUGAGGUGUGGUAAUGUUUGGGAGGGUUCGUUGAGGCUUUGGGCUUGCGAUCCUUGGCAUUGA